AAACUGCACCAUGUAUGGGCUGUUACUCGAGAACAUGGCGGAGUACAUCCGGCAGACGUACGGCGAGGAGCGGUGGGAGGACAUCCGGCGGCAGGCGGGCGUUGAGCAGCCCUCCUUCUCCGUGCACCAGGUCUACCCGGAGAACCUCAUAGCGCGGCUCGCUAAGACUUCGCAGGAGGUACUAGGAAUAACAGAAAGGGAGUUUAUGGACCAAAUGGGCGUGUAUUUCGUCGGGUUCGUCUCUCAGUACGGAUACGACAGAGUUUUGUCAGUCCUCGGCCGGCAUAUGCGGGAUUUCCUCAACGGAUUGGACAAUCUGCACGAAUAUCUCAAGUUUAGUUACCCACGAAUGCGGGCGCCAAGUUUUAUAUGCGAGAACGAAACUAGACACGGUUUGACAUUGCAUUAUAGGUCUAAAAGAAGAGGAUUCGUUUACUACGCUAUGGGACAGAUAAGAGAGGUAGCCCGACACUUUUAUCACAAGGAGAUGCGCAUUGAGUUACUACGAGAGGAAUUGCUAUUCGACACGGUCCAUGUGACUUUUCAACUGACCUUUGACAAUCGGGCGUUCACAUUGGCAUCUUUGGCAAUGACGAGAGAAGAAAAACAUUUACCAAUCAGCGCGUCAGUUCUAUUUGAAAUUUUUCCUUUCUGUAUUGUUUUUGGUUCCGACAUGGUAGUACGCAGCAUAGGUAAUUCUCUGAUGGUUAUUCUACCGGAUUUGGUCGGGAAGAAGAUAACCAACUGGUUUGACCUCGUGCGACCGUUAAUUGCAUUUAAAUUUCAAACUAUUUUAAAUCGCACAAAUAACAUUUUCGAGCUAGUCACGGUGGAGGCAGUUAUUCAUGAGCGAGCAACUGACAAGAGGAAUGAACUUUUGCGACUAUCAGACGAGUCGGACUGUGCUACUGAGAAAAAUUUACGGCUUAAAGGUCAGAUGAUCUACAUGGACAACUGGCGGAUGAUGAUGUACCUGGGUACGCCGGUGAUGCCGGACCUCGCGGCGCUGGUCUCCACGGGGCUGUACAUCAAUGAUCUGUCCAUGCAUGACUUCAGCAGAGACUUAAUGUUGGCUGGUACGCAACAGUCAGUGGAAUUAAAGCUGGCCCUGGACCAGGAGCAACAGAAGAGCAAGAAGUUGGAGGAGUCAAUGAGGAAGUUGGAUGAGGAGAUGAAGAGGACGGAUGAGCUGUUGUACCAAAUGAUACCGAAACAGGUGGCCGACAGACUGAGGAACGGGGAGAACCCGAUUGACACCUGUGAGAUGUUUGACAGCGUGUCGAUUCUUUUCUCCGACGUGGUGACCUUCACGGAGAUAUGCUCAAGGAUUACGCCGAUGGAGGUGGUGUCCAUGCUUAACGCCAUGUACUCCAUAUUCGAUACCCUCACAGAGAGGAACCGGGUUUAUAAGGUGGAAACUAUCGGUGACGCGUACAUGGUGGUCUCUGGAGCACCAGAGAAAGAAGACAAUCACGCGGAGAAGGUGUGUGACAUGGCACUGGACAUGGUCGACGCUAUAAAGGACCUUAAGGAUCCUAGCACAGGGUCCCAUCUAUCCAUCCGCGUCGGUGUCCACUCCGGCGCGGUGGUCGCUGGUAUAGUUGGUCUGAAGAUGCCGCGGUACUGCCUCUUCGGAGACUCCGUCAACACCGCCUCUCGCAUGGAGUCCACCUCAGAGGCGAUGAGGAUCCACAUAUCGCAGACGACACAGGAGCUGCUGUCGCCGUGUUACAGGAUGACAGAGAGAGGGGAGAUACAGGUGAAAGGGAAAGGUGUCAUGAAAACAUACUGGCUAGAAGGAAGAGAAUCGAGGCCAUCGCUCACAAAACUGAUAUCCUCCCAAAUCCAACCCGGCACCGAACUGGAAUGGGAGCGAGCUGCCGACGUGAGGGAGAGCAUAGCGGAACACUCAGCUCAGCAGUUCAACUACAAGGAGUUCAACUCUGGCAGCUUCCACCUGCCAAACUCCGUGCCGGUCGCGAGGAACAGCACUGGCAACCUGCAGCUGCUGCCGAAAACGGUGCCGACGCCGCCGACGGUGACGUCACCCACUGAGGAGAGGAGGAUGUACUCUCCGGUGACCUUCCAGGAUGUUGCACGGCGGAGUAUCGCCAACUCGCCCAAUAGGACUGAUAAAGAUCGGCGUUUGGUCCCCGAGUCCCGUUCCACGUCGAUAAGCGCUGGCGGCGCGUGGACGGACGCGGAGUCGCUCGACCCUCAACGGACACUGGACAGCCUUGACUCCUCCUUCUGUUACAGUUCAACGUCCCCUUGCAGAGUCGGCACCGCGCCGCAGCCCAAAACCCGCAACCAGGACCACUUUCCAGAAGCAACGUGUGUAAAAGCCAUGUCUCCGACUCACUCUGCGCCGGCGGCGGUGACCGCCCCCGCUCCGCCCCCCGCGCCGACCGCUCCCGUGUUACCCGCGUACUCUCCUGAACCCCCUGGACUCCCGGUACUAGAAGAGCCGAGGAACUGCGUGGAUGAUAUGGAAACGGACACGGAAUAUCAAGACGCACGUAUGGAGCACGUGUGCACAAUCUCCGAAAACGUAGACCCUCCCAAGCAGGGCCGAGUGGGAAGGUUCCGCGCUAGAAUAGCCCCGGGACACCACAAAUCCUGCACAGCUCUCAAGAAGGAUUCCCUCAAAGACAAGAACCCUGUGCCCCAUGGCCAUCACCACACCAAGAAUGUCAACCAUCACCAAUGUUGCGGCGCCUUCGGUAAUCCACACGUGAGGCAUAAAGUGGGGAAUUCAAGCUGUCGAUUAAUUUAGGUGUGAGUAAUUCUUGAGUAUACUGGGUUCCGAUCAAAAAAAUGUGAUUGGAUAGAUUAAAUGGGUCAUCGGAUCAAAAGCAUGAUUGAGACUUGAGGUAGAUAAAGUAGGAGAAUAUUAUGUAAGUCUGGUUUUUGGGUCAGAAGCGGCGUCAGAGUGGCAACCGCCCAGGGCGCCGAAUAAAAAGGG